CCAUACAAAUGUAUAGCAACUGUUAAAUACAUAGAGGCCUAAUUAAAAAAAUAAAACUUGCCGAAAAGAUCCAGUCCGGUAUCACUCCAACUUCGUGAAUACAAAACGUCGAGUUCGGAAUCUCUUUAAAGUUCACUAACUAGAUCGAAGUUUAAAUGUGACCGGGUGACAGAUAGACGGAGUCAGUAUGUAGAACGUGCUCCAGUUGAUCAAGUUGUUAUCACUAUAGUGGUCUUAUUAUCCUUAUUUACUGCAACAGACGAAAUUUGACUGCGUCGUACCUCAAACAUGGAAGUGUUCCUAUCUGUUUUGUUUGUAGUCGUAAUCGUUCUGGUUUUAGGCUGGAUUAAACAAAACCGUGGCCUUCCUCCUGGCCCGGGAGGUAUACCAGGUUUAUCUGGAAUAAAACUAAUGGCAUCGGACAAAAUACCUACGAGAACAUUCCGGAAAUUGAGGAAAAAGUACGGAGACAUUUUCAGCAUCCAGGUCGGAACUCGACUGCUUGUCGUCCUAAAUGGUUAUGACGUCAUCAAGGAUGCUCUGGUGAAAAGGGCAGAAGAAUUCUCAGAUCGUCCUUGUUCCCUAGCUAACCGUAUGAUUGUCAAGGGCAGAGGUUUACUUGCAAGUUCGGGAGAACACUGGAAGCAAACGAGGACAUUCUCAUUAACAGCUCUCAGAGAAUUAGGGUUCGGCAAGAAAUCACUAGAGACAAAGGUCAUGGAGGAAGUCGAUGUAUUCUUGGAUGUCAUUGGACAUCAAAAUGGAAAAGCAUUUGACAUCAGCCCUUUGGCACAUUCGAGUGUGUCGAACAUCAUCUGCAGUAUUGUGUUUGGACAACGGUUUAACCACGACGACAAGGAUUUUAAGUGGCUCCUAAGUAGGAUUGAUGUACAAGGAGCUAGCCCGACAAGUAUUGUCUCCACGUUCCCUUUGUUACGCUUCCUACCAGGAGAUUUGUUUGGUAUCAAUAGAUUUUUGAAAAACUUUGAACAUCUCAGAGACUAUUUUCAAACGUUGGUAGAACUACACAAAAAGGUGUUUGAUCCGAACGCAUCGCAAGAUUUAAUAGAUGCUUUCAUUAAGGAACAAUCGAAACAUGACAAGGACAAUCCUGCCUUCAGGUAUGAUAAUUUGGAUUUCAUUAUUCUUCAUCUAUUUCUUGCUGGAACAGAAACAACGUCUACAACUAUUCGCUGGGCCAUUAUUUACUUACUUCGAAACCCGGAUGUUCAGGCCCGGAUGUUCAAAGAAAUAGAAUCAGUUGUUGGCUCGUCACGCGCACCGAUCAUUGCUGACAGACCUAGCCUGCAUUAUUGUGAUGCAGUCAUCACUGAAGUCCUACGCAUUGCCAAUAUAGUUCCCCUGUCGGUACCCCAUGGAGCCCUGAAAGAUAUUUACUUUAGAGGAUAUCGUAUUCCAAAGAAUGCAACCAUUCUUCCCAAUUUGGACUCCAUUUUAAGUGAUCCAGACCUUUUUCCUAACCCAGAAGUAUUUGACCCAACCAGAUUUUUAGACAAGAAAGGGAAAUUCUGCGGGGCUGAAAAAGUCGUUGCUUUUUCUCUUGGGAGACGGGUGUGUCUUGGAGAGGCCUUAGCACGGAUGGAAAUGUAUCUGUUUCUAACCUCCCUUGUCCAAAGGUAUGAAAUACUACCCGAGGACCCAGAUAAUCUACCUUCACAAGAGGGCAUCUUUGGAAUCACCUAUGGUCCAUAUCCUUACAAGUUCCGGGCUGUGGCCAGAGUCUGUUCACCGCCCUCGAUAAACAUGGCUGCGUUCGAAUCACUCGAUCUUACGGUGGUGUUGGUUGUUUUUACUGUGUUAGUGUUAAGUGUGAAAUGGCUGAGAAGACAGAAGAACCUUCCCCCGGGACCACGCGGAUUACCCCUGUUUGGAAGUAUUGGACUCAUGAAGACAGGAAAACCAACAGAAAUCUUCAGGAAACUUCGUCGAAAAUACGGGGAUGUGUUCAGUAUCAAACUGGGCAGCCUAACAGUAGUCGUCAUCAACGGAUACGAUAACCUCAAAGAAGCCUUUGUGAAAAGAGCUGAUGAUUUCUCCGAUAGACCUGGGACUUACGUCAUAGUAGAGCUUUCUAAGGAAAAAGGUUUGCUGGCAAGCUCAGGGGAGCUCUGGAAACAGAACAGAACAUUCGUCCUCAAAACAUUGCGAGAAUUUGGAUUCGGAAAGAAAUCUUUGGAAAGCAAGGUACGGGAAGAGGUCGACGUGUUAGUAAACUACGUCAUGGAAAUCAACGGUCAACCGUUUGAUCUCAGCAAAAUUGUUCAUGUCAGUGUAGCGAAUGUGAUCUGUAGUAUUGUGUUCGGCGACAGGUUUGAUCACUCUGAUCAGAAAUUUCUUCAGUUAGUCUCUCUAUUGGAUGAGGCUGCAACGAUAAACAAACCGACAGGAUUGAUCAGCUGUUUCCCUGCCCUACGACAUUUACCAGGCGACAUGUUCAAGAUAAAAAGAUUCAAGAAAUUAUUCGGCGAGUUCUUGGAAUACUUUGCGAAACAGGUUCAAAAUCAUCGCGACACUCUCCAUCAAAAUGAGACGAGAGAUUUCAUAGACGCUUUCCUUCACGAACAAAACAAAUGUGGGUCAGAUACUCAAGUAUUCACAGAUGACAAUCUGGUAAUAACCCUGUUACAUCUGUUCGCUGCCGGAACUGAAACAGUAGCCACCGCCAUCAGAUACAGCGUCCUUUUCCUCCUCCAUAACCCCGAUAAACAGGAGAAAAUGUUUGAGGAAAUCAACACUGUUGUCGGCCAAUCACGUCCCGUGACUGGGGCGGACCGAUCCAAAUUACCCUACUGUGAAGCGGCGUUAACUGAGGUUCUCCGAUGUGCCAAUAUAGUCCCACUUUCCGUGCAGCACGGAGCAAAGAGAGACAUUCCAUUUAAAGGAUUUGUCAUUCCCGAAAAUGCCAUGAUAAUCGCAAACCUGGACUCCGUUUUGGGAGAUCCGAAAGUAUUCCCUAAACCGGAAACCUUUGACCCCACCCGAUUUCUUGAUGAGGACGGAACUGUGCUAAACGACAAUCAAAUGAUAGCCUUUUCCAUAGGCAGACGAGUGUGUCUUGGAGAAUCCCUAGCCAAGCUGGAGAUAUUCUUAUUUGUGACGUCACUGGUUCAGAAGUUUGACCUUCGACUUGAGCACAGUGGUGUGUACCCGUCAUUGGAGGGACGACUGGGAUUAACGAGCAGUCCACUGCCGUACCGUUUCCGCGCUGUAACUCGUAAUUAGGCCAUCAAGGGGACUAUACUGAACUUCAUCUUUAAAACUACUCCAUAUUAAUUUGUGUAGCUUUCGUUUGCUGUUUUACUCUAUAUCACGUGCUAUUCCAUUUAACACCACGUUACACCACUCAUUAAUGGAAUGUCUUAUAUAUUACAUAUUCGUUCUACGUAUAUCAGAAAGGGAGUUUGUCAUGUUCUUUAUUCUCAUCUUGUCAGAUUCUCUUAAACUCGAACUUCAGGCAAGUUUGUCACCAGAAAGAGGCUGAAUAUCAAGGUUCCUAAAUCUCAAAUAGCAUCAUACUCCUUAAACGCAGCCGGUCCAAUUGAACUGAAUUAUUUAAUCCCAAAGUUAAUAGAAAUAUAAAUAAUGAAUGCUAUAUUAAGUGAAAAGUGUAUACCGAGUGGGAUUGAGAUAUUUAACCGUAGGGGAGCCUUACAUAAUGAUGACUGCCGCGAAGAGGGAAGGGUAUGUUCGCUUCUAAUUGUCGUGAUUUGGCCGGAGUUGGCCUGCCUUCUCUAUAAAGCAUUUACAUCUAGCUUCAUUGUCAUCAUGUGGCAAUGGACAGGUUAAAAGGUAGGCAGUUGAUUAUUUUGAAAUAAACACAUCGAAAAAGAGCCAGUUGGACAUUAUUGGAUAGAGCUGGGACUGCUUAUUUUUCAGUCGUGCCGUGUGGAUAGCAGGUUCGCAAAAUGUUGUCGCCCAAACUUUGGCAAUAGUUGAUGAGAACAACCUGCAUCCCAUGUCAUGUAUGGCAUGACAUGUUAAAACGUCUUCUGCUUGAUGGAGCAGCUGUGGCUGUCAUUCCCGAGAUAAAAGGGCGUUUAGGUCUCAUCGACAUACUGAAUUUGGCACAAAUCACAAGUGAUCAGGUAUAUCACAUUGCCUGACUGACAUGACGUAAGCGGUUACUUUGUCCGGUGACUUUGCAUUGAAAUGUGUUUGUGUAUGUACAAAGUUUGCAUAUCGCAGUGACAUGUUAGGAAACAACCAGUAGCAACCGUACUAGUAUGGGUAUGCGUUGGUAGCUUACCGCUGACUAACAUAUCUGCAAGAUUUUUUAUGAUUUGUGGUAAGCAAGCACCGGUGGUUCUGGAAAGGUGUUUCUUACUUAAAUGCAAGACGUCAUAUAAGUAUAUCGACCUCUCUUUUUUCUUCACUCUGUCGACCAAAGUAGGUUUGAGCCCCGUGCAAAGAAGGUGGGGCCUACAAGAAGGCAUUAUUAUCCAAAUCCAGUUAUCUUAUUUAGCGUUUGGUGAUCGGUGUCGGUAGGUUUUCAACACAACCUGUUGUUACCAUGUUGGUGUACAUGUGUGUGGAGCAGCUGUACAAACACAAGCUUUUUUCUCCACCGAGAUCUGCUGCUGCUGUUCAUAGGAUGGUCUAGUAAAAUUAAUUCCCAAUACUAACGGAUAAGUCAGUGGAGUGGUUUUGAUUAGGUAUCUGUAGGUUGCUUUGAUUCUAAGUGGCCACUAUUAUACAUCGACGUAUGAUUAGUAAUCUUGGUACCCAUGGCUGCACCAAGGCCAUGUAGGUAGUGUUCUCCAUUUAAUAUAAAAUAGUCUAACGUGAAAAUAAACCUGAAAAGUUCUACAUGUACCGAGCUCUCUUUGGAAGGACAUUCGACUUCAUGUAUGUCUCACGCAAGCACGACAGGCUAAGAUGCCGUGUUCGUGUGAGAUAUUGGUGUAGUGGGAGCCAGAUCUUAUAGAUAGCUUGGUAGAACUAGACAACCUUUGAGGAAUUAACUCAAGAAAAUCUGUCCCAUUGGAGGAAAAAACCAGAUAUUUUCUUAAGUUUUUGUUUCUCGGAAAAUACGGAAACUUUCCCUCUAGUUUGUUUUGGAUAUAGCAAGUGGAGAUGGGCUAGGGAUUGAUCGCUGGCCUAGUAGUAUACUUUGUUAGAGCUCGUGGGGAUGGGCUAGGGAUUGGUCGCUGGCCUAGUAUUAUUCUUUGUUAGAGCUAGUGGGGAUGGGCUAGGGGUUGAUCGCUGGCCUAGUAGUAUACUUUGUUAGAGCUCGUGGGGAUGGGCUAGGGAUUGGUCGCUGGCCUAGUAGUAUACUUUGUUAGAGCUAGUGGGGAUGGGCUAGGGAUUGGUCGCUGGCCUAGUACUAUACUUUGUAAGAGCUAGUGGGGAUGGGCUAGGGAUUGAUCGCUGGCCUAGUGGUAUACUUUGUUAGAGCUCGUGGGGAUG